UGACAGUCGAAAUGGUGUCGGCGUCAUCGCGUGGGCACCGCAAGAAGAAUGUCAAGAAGAGCAGCAAGCGCAAGCCCGUGAACUUACAAUCCAACUUCAACCGUAAGUGUUCGCUCGCAACGACUCGAAACGUGGCUCCCGAUGCGGCCUAUGAGGCGCUGAGCGACGCCAUGUUCCCGUCCAAUGAUGACCACCACUCCUCGGCUCAUGCUGAGGCCUGUGACUCCUCUGAAGCAGGUGACGCAGCAUGUGGAGACUUCCAUCUACACAGUAUUUGUAGCGACGGCAAGUUUAAGCCCAGUGGGGUGAUCGCCAAGGCUGCAGCCAAUGGAGUGACGUUCAUGUCACUCACGGACCAUGAUACCAUGGCUGGAGUGAGUGAAGCCAUUGCCGCGGCACAGAAACUCGGUGUUCUGGUGUUUCCAGGCGUCGAGAUCAGCGCUGAAGUGAAGGGCGGUGAGAAUUUACAUAUCUUAGGCUAUUUCUACCCGGGAUCGAACAGUGCCGAGCUGGAGAAGCAGCUACUGAAGAUUCGCACGGGCAGACACAAACGCGGCAAGGGAAUGCUCAAGAAACUGGAGAUGGGCAUUAAACUCGAGUGGGAACGUGUGCUGGAGAUUGCUGGAGAAGCCGCCCCGGGUCGGCCGCACGUCGCCGAAGCUCUAGUGGAAGCUGGUCACGUUGCCAACUUCCGCCAGGCCUUUGCGCGAUACUUGCAUAACGAUGGUCCUGCAUACGUCGAGGGCGAGCAUUUCCCACCUGAAGAAGCCAUUAAGCUUAUUGCAAGCGCUGGAGGGGUAUCUGUUCUUGCACACCCGUGGUGCUGUAAGGACCCGAUAGCAUUAGUUCCCGAGCUAGCUAAAAUGGGUAUUCAGGGCAUCGAAGUUUAUCAUGACACGAAUAAAAUCGACAUGUAUGGCGCCUUGGCAAAGGAAUCCGGCUUAUUAAGGGUAUGUUUACGCGCAUAA